AAGAUGGAGACAAACUGUCCUCGUGUGAACUUCACAGCACAACGAUCUCUGCACGAUGACGGUUCAGUGGAGUUCAACAACAGAGAGGUGGAGAGGUAUGUAAGACAUAACUACCCGGACUGGCUGACUGGCUUUCACAUGGUGCCGGAGGUUUUCACCUUUUCUGGAGAACAGAUAGAUCAGGUCCAGCGAAAGGGUGAUGAUGCAGAAGGGCACGUUUACCGGCUCCUCCACGAACUCGGCAAUGACCUUGGCGAACCGAUGUUUGUCAUUCACAGCUUCAGUUUCAACGAACAAGUUCAACGCGGUACAGACAUCUGGAGGGUGUACGGGGAAACCGACUUCGUCAUCGUCAGUAAGAAAUAUGGGGUCAUCUUCAUGGAAGUCAAGGCGGUCAGCUCGCACAGCAUUCUUCGAAAGCGGUUCAAGAAAGCUCAAGACCAGAUCAACAAAGCACGAAAGGCUCUUGCUGAGUACCUUAGGGACAAAGUCCCCAGGGAUGCAGCCACCGCGCUGUUCCGUAACCCAGCCUUCGUGUUGAUGCCGAACUGUAGGACACCCCAGUCGGACAGCAUGGACGCCUACAAGGACGGCUGCUUCUGGGAAGACUGUCAGGAUGGGCGGCGUUUCCGUCAGUGGUGGGACAGGAACAUCGGGUGCGUCAGGCCGCUGUGGAUGCGGGAAGACAUGUACAAAGGAUUGCUGUGCAGGUUCAUUGGUCUUCGAAGUGCCACCACCCGUACCCUGGGCAAGCUGGUAGAUGACACCACGCGUGACGUCCUGCAGAUGUUCAACACUCAGCAACUUGCUCUCCUGAACAACGUGGGUCUGCCUCGGACCCAGAUCAUCACAGGGCCGGCAGGCAGUGGCAAGACUUCCAUCCUACUGCACAAGGUACAGGCACUCAACACGGACAUCAGCAAGACUGGCAAACAAGAGAAGAUUCUCGUCCUCUGCUAUAACAAACCGUUAAAAACUAGACUCACGAAGGAACUGGAAAAGUGCCGCUGGGUUACGGUUCAAACUUUAGAUUCCAUCCUGUGUCAGCUUAGCCCGGUAAGGAGCACGGAUGUGGCAGAGAUGCGUGAGGAGGAGAAGUGUGCGCUGAUGGACCGUGUCUUGAAGGACAGACCACGGAUCCAUCGCACGUACACCUUUGACCACGUCUUCGUAGACGAGGGUCAGGAUUUUAUCGGUAACUGGCGAACACUGUUGAAGGAGAUCCAGGCAAAGUCACUUUGCAAGAGGAAGUUUCAUUGGAUUUUCCUGGACAGCAAUCAGCACGUGUACAGAACGGCGAGAGGAUUCUCUGAAGAAGAACUUGCUAGCGCGAUCCAACUGCGCAAGGUUUACCGGAUGACAGGAAGCGUAUUUGACCAGUUCAAGAAGUACUUCAGUGAUCCCGGGGAGGAGACUGAGUACUCUAUUGGUCACGACAUCGUGGGCCUUUGCAUAGAGUGGGACAAAAUGGACCAAUCACGUCGUGGCUCCGCUCAAGUCGCGUGUGAUCACAUUUCUAGGCACGUACAUCGCCUACUUAGAAACCAUGUAUGUGGAAAGGACAUAUGUGUCCUUCUCCGGACUUUCAAAGAUGUACGCGAUGUGGUGGGACAACUGCAGGCCAGAGGGAUUCAGUGUCAGAAUGCUGAGGACUCCAUCAUGCAUCCUGUCGACUCUGCCAUCAUAGUGGAAAGUCUCCCGAGGUUUAAGGGUUUAGAAACCAAGGUACUGAUCUUCUAUGACCCCCCUUGUCUCACAGAGGGAGGAGACAGUGAGGAGGUGCGGGAACAGCUGUACACUGCCCUGUCUCGAUGUUUUUGCCUCCUCGUCAUUAUUGCACCUGAGUGCGUUGUUCAAAGCCUUCAGUCAGGCAGGUCCUUACUUCACUCAGGUGAACAUUAGUAACUAUCGGUUAGCGCCGUACCUCAGAUAGGACGUUAACCCCUGUCCUGCUGGCUAUUUUUUGGUUAAUUUAACCUCCCAGCGCUAAUGGCUUCAUCAGAUCUGUAAAAUUGUUCAGUGCUGCUGCUGCAGAUUCACUCCCCCAUUAUAUGGGCUUUGCAGUAGUAUGC